CACACCUUCAUCUUCAUCAAUGUCACUCUCUGACCUUUUAAAGUUAAAACAUAGAUAUAAAUGACAUUUUACAAAAACCGUUAAAAAGUUUGGGGUCACUUAGAAAUGUCCUUAUUUUUCAAAGAAAAGCAUUGUUUUUUUCAAUGUAGAUAACAUUAAAUCAAUCAGAAAUACACUCUAUACAUUGUUAAUGUGGUAAAUGACUAUUCUAGGUGGAAACGUCUGGUUUCUAAUGAAAUAUCUCCAGAGGUGUAUAGAGGCCCAUUUCCAUCAUCACUCCAGUGUUCUAAUGGUACAUUGUGUUUGCUAAUCGCCUUAGAAGACUAAUGUCUGAUUAGAAAACCCUUGUGCAAUUAUGUUAGCACAGCUGAAAACAGUUAUGCUGGUGAUAUAAGCGAUACAACUGGCCUUCCUUUGAGCUUGAAGUUUGAAGAACAAAAUUAAUACUUCAAAUAUUAAUCAUUAUUUCUAACCUUGUCAAUGUCUUGACUAUAUUUUAUAUUCAUUUGAUAAAUAAAAGUGAGUUUUCAUGGAAGACACGAAAUUGUCUGGGUGACCCCAAACUUUUGAACAGUAGUGUAUAUUAACACAUUAUCAUUAAAGAUCAUUAAUAAUACAUUAAUACGGACAUUCAUUGUUUCAAUGCAACAUUCCAUUACUGAGGAGAAGCGCUGUCAUUGGCCGAACUAAUGUGUGCGUGUGUGUGUGUGAGUGUGUGUGAGUGAGUUUGUGUGUAUUUGUGAGUGUGAGUGUGUGAGUGUGUGUGUGUGUGUGUGUGUGUACAGACAUACAGGAGUUCUACGAGUCGACGGUCUGUGAGAACCAGACAACGAGGCGACCUCACACACCUGGGCAGAUGAACGGAUCAGAAGGAGAGCUGGAGUACGAGGAGAUCACUCUGGAGAGGGGGAACUCGGGGCUGGGCUUCAGCAUCGCAGGGGGAACCGAUAAUCCUCACAUCGGAGACGACCCGUCCAUCUUCAUCACUAAGAUCAUCCCUGGAGGAGCAGCAGCCCAGGACGGACGCCUCAGGGUGAACGACAGCAUCGUGUUUGUGAACGACGUGGACGUGCGGGAGGUGUCCCACUCCGUUGCCGUGGAGGCGCUGAAGGAGGCGGGGCCUGUCGUCAGGCUGUACGUGCUGCGGCGACGCCCACCGAGCGAACGCGUCGCGCAGAUCAAACUCAUCAAGGGCCCGAAAGGUCUGGGCUUCAGCAUCGCGGGCGGGAUGGGGAACCAACACGUCCCCGGAGACAACAGCAUCUACGUCACCAAGAUCAUCGAGGGCGGAGCGGCGCACCGCGAUGGACGCCUCCAGAUCGGGGACAAGAUCCUGGCAGUGAACCACGUGUCCCUGGAGGACGUCCUGCACGAGGACGCCGUGGUGGCCCUGAAGAACACGGGGGAGGUGGUCUACCUGAAGGUGGCCACGCCCACCUCGCAGUACCCGGCAGACCGCUACAGCCCCCCCGACCUGACCAGCUCCUACAUGGAGCCGGACUACAUGUGCGACUACCCUCAAGUCCUCCCCCCCCCGUCCCCCCGGCGGUACUCGCCCAUCCCCCGAGGCAUGAUGGGAGAGGACGAGUACUCCCGGGAACCCCGCCGGGUCUGCGUCCAGAGGGGGUCCACCGGGCUGGGCUUCAACAUCGUGGGGGGGGAGGACGGGGAGGGGAUCUUCAUCUCCUUCAUCCUGGCAGGAGGACCAGCAGACCUGAGCGGGGAGCUCCGGAAGGGGGACCAGAUCCUCAGUGUCAACGGGGUGGACCUCAGGUUCUCGACUCAUGAACAGGCUGCAGCUGCUCUAAAGAAUGCCGGACAGAACGUCCUGAUCAUCGCCCAGUACAGACCUGAAGAGUACAGUCGCUUUGAAGCAAAGAUCCACGACCUGAGGGAGCAGAUGAUGAGCAGCUCGUCUGGGAGUCUGAGAGCCAACCGCAGCUUCUACCUCAGGGCCCUGUUCGACUACGACAAGCAGUGGGACGGCGGCGUCCUCUCUCAGGCGCUGGACUUCUCCUUCGGGGACGUCCUCCACGUCACGGACAGCGCCGACGACGAGUGGUGGCAGGCCCGCCGGGUCCACCAGCAGGGGGCGCUGGAGGAGCUGGGCUACAUCCCCUCCAAACACAGGGUGGAGAGGAAGGAGUGGUCACGCAUGAAGAGUAAAGGGAGAGAAGGAUUCGUUCACAGCUAUGAGGUCAUCAACCAGAUAGAAGUGGACUACGCCCGGCCCGUCAUCAUCCUGGGACCCACCAAAGACCGGGUCAACGACGACCUGCUCUCCGAGUUCCCGGACAAGUUCGGCUCCUGCGUCCCUCACACCACUCGCCCUCGGAGGGACUACGAGGCCGAUGGGCGGGACUACCACUUCGUGGCAUCCCGGGAGCAGAUGGAGCGCGACAUCCAAUCACAUCGCUUCAUCGAGGCGGGGCAGUACAACAACCACCUGUACGGCACGUCGGUGCAGAGCGUCCGGCAGGUGGCGGAGCAGGGGAAACACUGCAUCCUGGACGUGUCGGCCAACGCAGUGAGGAGGCUGCAGGCCGCUCAGCUGCAGCCCGUCGCCAUCUUCAUCCGCCCGCGCUCCCUAGAGAACAUCCUCGACCUGAACAAGCGGCUCUCUGAGGACCAGGCCAGGAAGGCUCUGGACCGAGCCGUCAAGCUGGAGCAAGACUUCCUCGAGUGUUUCACAGCCAUCGUGCACGGCGACAGCUUCGAGGAGGUGUACCACCUGGUCAAAGCCGUGGUGGAGGAGCAGAGCGGUCCGUACAUCUGGGUUCCAGCUCGGGACGGACUCUGAUUGGCUGAAGCCAGCGGCGGACGCCGUCUCACUGGAAACGCCUCCUCCUCCUCCUCCUCCUCCUCCUCCUCCUCUUGGCGGAGCAGGAAGUCUCCUCUUCUCUCUGCGUGUUGAGGAGCUGCAGACGGUUUACUGACUGACUGAUUGAUUGAUUGAUCCUGUAUUACUGAAUCAGGACUGAAGUAUUUAUAUUAUCAAUUUAUUUAAUGAUUUAUUUAUUAAGUGAAAGUGGUGGGUAUGUGUGUGUGUGUGGGUAUGUGUGUGUAGUGUACAUAAAGACUUGUGUGACUGUAAAUAAAACUAUGGGGCUCAAA